AUGUACGCCGCUGACACCAACGGACAUGCCGUUUCGGGAGUAGAACAACAAAACCAAAUGAGUGGACAAGGACGCGCGACUCGAGGAGCUCGACCACACGGCGAUGAAGACGUUGCAAUUUAUAGCGGGUCUCCAGGAUCCCAAGCUGUGGGA